GUGCACACCUACGUGAAGGAGCUGCUCCGAGAGCUGGGUGAGGAUGAGUCCAACAUCACGAAAUUCCAGACCGGUGGCCCCGAUGGAGACCUCGGGAGCAAUGAGAUUCUCAUUUCCAAGGACCUGACUGUUGGAAUCGUCGAUGGUUCUGGGGUCCUCUACGACCCCAGCGGCAUUUGCAGGGCAGAGUUGACGCGCCUGGCACAGCAGCGUGUGCCGAUCAAGGAGUUCAACCGCUGCUUCCUCGGGAACGGUGCUUUCUUGGUCACCGUAGACGAGAGCAACGUGACACUUCCUGAUGGAUCCGUGUGGCUGACUGGCGCAGAGCUCCGUGACAACUUCCAUCUCACCGACUACGCAUCGGCGGACCUUUUCGUGCCUUGCGGUGGGCGACCGAACGCCGUGACCACGGAUAAUGUCAAAAAGCUCUUCACCGCAGAUGGAUCGAGGCCGAAGUUUCGCCUGAUCGUAGAGGGCGCCAACCUAUUCUUCUCCGAUCGUGCGCGAGGUGUCCUUGAAGGAGCCGGUGUUCACGUCUUCAAGGAUGCAUCAACCAACAAGGGUGGCGUGAAUUCGAGCUCGCUCGAAGUCCUUGCGGCGCUGGCUCUGUCUGAAGAGGAUCACUCCGCAAUGAUGUGCUACAACCCGGCCAAUGGCGGCAUACCACCUGAGUUUUACGAGACCUACGUCAAGCAAAUUCAGGAGACCAUUGUGGAGAAUGCCGGGCGGGAGUUCCGCGCCAUCUGGAAAUGCAAUUCCGGCCUCGGACUCUCCAAAGUUCAAGCCACGAAGAUGAUCUCUGGCAAAAUCAACCAUCUACAAGAUGGCAUCAUGGCCCAAUGCAGCCGAAUGACGGCCUCGGACCGUGACCA